AUGUCACCAAACUCUAAAGAGUACAAAUUAAUAAUCGAAGAUGAUGCACCGGAAACCAACAGAGCUAAGAAAGCUCAACAAACUUCUCUUACAUCCAUUCUGACUGGACCUGGUUCCCUUUCCAUUUUGACAUACUGUGGUGCCAGCAUCUUGAUGACAGUGACAAAUAAAUAUGUCUUGUCUGGCUAUUAUUUCAAUAUGAACUUCUUAUUGUUAUGCAUUCAG